UCGAGAUCACACGUUACCAAGAACUCAAAUAAUUUACCACACUUAUAGAAAAUACCAGUUGCAAUGGUGCAGAUCAAAUUCCUGUUCGCCUUCCUCGCUGUGAUGACAACUGUUGUCCUGACCACCAACAUGGCUUCAGCCUCGGAUUGUCUUUCUGGAAAAUUUAGCGGUCCCUGCUUUCCUUGGGACGGAGAACUUUGCAGACGCCUCUGCAAGGAGGAAAAGCGAGUCAGCGGUCAUUGCAGUGCCGGCAUGCAGUGUUGGUGCGAAGAAUGCUGAUCUCCCAGUUCUUUUGAAGCAUUAACAUAUUUGGAAUUAUGCUCAAAAUAAUCAACACACACAUACAUAUAUAUGUAUUUAGAGCAUCUCCUAAUUAAAAACAAUUAUAGCUUUGGA